CAUAUACUAGAAGAACUAGUUAAAUAUAUACCGGAUGUAGUCUAUGAUUAUAUACCAGAAUCUAAAAUAAGUAGAUCUUUAUUGAUUGGUGUCGCAACAGGUGCGUUGGCUUAUCUGAUCUUUAAGAAGAGGUAUCGUUUACCCCCAGGACCCUUUGCUUGGCCCCUGAUUGGAAAUACAGAAGCAUAUACCAAAGGCAACCUUGCAAAGAAAUUCCUCAACCUGUCUAAGAAAUAUGGACCAACCUUUACUUAUUACAUGGGACCAGUACGAUGUCUUAUAUUAAACCGUAUUGAUGUUAUUAAUGAAGCUUUGCUCACCAAGGGAGCUAACUACUCGGAUCGUUAUAUACAGUAUGCUUCUGAAACUUUUCUCCAAGGAGGAGAAGAUAUUAUUAACGGUAGAUACGGUACUGGAUGGAAACUUAGAAGAAAGUUAGCAGGUCGUGCUAUAAGGUUGUUUAUGGUGAGUGGAAACUUUAAUAUAAAGGUAGAAGAAGCCGUAUCUAAAACAGUUGAAGCCAUGUUAAAAGAGAAAGGACCUUUUGAUCCUAAACCUUACAUGUUCUUUACAACUUUAAAUAUUCUAGGAGCCAUGGUCUUCGGCACAAAGUAUGAAUAUAACGAUAAAGAAUACUUAGAUUUACUCAACAUCCUGGAAGAGGUUUCUAAAAUAUUAUCAGACGGGAUUUUCAUAGAAGAUUUUUUCCCACCAGCCAGAUUGUUCCCGACCAAAAGGUUUAAACAUUUUGCCCAAGUAGUUGAGCAACUUGUUGAUUUUACGAGAUCUAAUAUCAAAAGGAUAGAAGACGAAUUUGUACCAGGUAAUGUAACUAACUUUACAGAAAGUCUUCUUCAAGCAGCUAAAGACAUGAGGGAAGAAGGCGAAGAGAAUAUGGACUAUUUUAAAGAUCACCACCUUAUGUUGAUAGUAUUUGACAUAUUUAUAGCUGGUAAUGAUACAUCAAGACAAACAUUAUACUGGGCUUUAAUGUAUAUGGCCGGCUUUCCUGAUGUACAGAAGAAAAUACAAGAUGAAGUGGAUUCUGUCGUUGGGAAUGAUAGAUACCCUACCACAUCAGAUAGAGAAAAUCUCUCCUAUACAGAUGCAGUAUUACAUGAAGUAAUGAGAAUAGGAACGGUAGCACCAUUAGGAGUUCCUCACAUGACCAGCUGUGAUACUACGAUAGCUACUGGUAAAUAUGAGGUUCCUAAGGAUACCAUGGUUUUCAUCAAUCACUGGGGAAUUCAGAAUGAUCCAGAUAAUUGGGAAGAAGUGGAAAAGUUUAAGCCAGAAAGAUUUUUAGAUAAAGAUGGUCAAAUGGCACCAAAACCUGAAAACUGGCUUCCAUUUAGUGCUGGUAGAAGAGUUUGUCUUGGAGAACCAAUGGCUAAACCAGAACUGCAUUUAAUUCUAGCAGGCUUUUGUCAGAGAUUGGUCAUGGAACCGGAACCAGGAAAGACAAUUAAUUUGCAGCCGAAGGAGGACUUACUUCAAUUUGCCCCUCAUCCAUACAAGAUCGUAGUUAAGCCCCGAAUCAACCCUUAAACAUUUGCUUUUGUUAUCCAAAUUAUAUAUAUAGCCAGAAUUAUUAGCACAACCGUAAUGCUGCACAACUUUGUUUCAAGGAAAACGAUGAAAAGAUAAAAAGUAUGCCGACACAAACUGAUUUCAACACUGGUUUAAUAGCAUUUUAACAUUUUAAAGUACUUUUCGUCCGUCUUAGGACUAUUCAUAGAUAAUGUCAUUGACUCUCAGUUAAUCAUAUAAGUAAAAUUCAAGUAUUAGAGAAAAAACACUAAAAUUAAAAUUUUGGCUAGUACUUUCAUCGUUAUCAAACGAAUUAUUUAUGAAUUAUUUAUAAAUAAGUUUUGCAUGGAAAUGAAUACGGUAGAUGUACCCCGUCCCCAAAUACAAAAAAAAAAUAAAACAACAAACAAACAAAAAUUUGAACAUUUCAAUGAAAACAAGAAUUCAUAGUGUAUGUUUUUAUAUGUAUUACACAAAAGUAAAUUGAUAAUGAAAUUCCUCACUUAACCAUAUAAAUACAUACAAACCACGAUAAAAGUAUCUCUUUGAUCUUCUUGGUCGUCAUUUUGGAUAUUGACCUCCUCUGAUCACUAUAAUUGCCUUCAUGGGAUUGUCCAAGUAAGCACGUGUUUGUACUAAUACGCAUGCCCAUCUUUGUAUAUACUAAUAUGCAUUUACAUGUUUGUAUAUACUAAUAUGCAUUUACAUGUUUGUACUAAUAUGCAUGCACAUGUUUUGUUAACAGGACAGCUAGAAGAUUAUAUAAAUUCAUUUUUGCUAUUAAUCUCAUUUCUUUUGUAUGUUUAAUAUAGACCUCUUACGACCUCGUAGUGGUUUAUAUCUAGUACAUAUUGGCAUAUUUUUGGUCUCAGAAUGAUGGACUAGUUGCGUUGACGAGAUAAGUAGAUGUGUAGCUAUCUGUUAGACAUGGUAUUUGUGAGUGACGGGCACGUGUAUGGCUAUGCUAGGUAUUUUUUUAGCACCCGACACAUCCGACUGUCGAGAUAAUCGUAUUGCAAAUUUCGGAGUUUUGUGUGUUUUAUCGUCUGUGAUAUUUACUGUUUGUUAUGUCUAUGUUUUGUACAACUGUCUUUCUGGUAUUAUAUGGGAAGAUCUGGUUCUAUUUUAUUGUAUAGCACUGAGAAGUAGUAAAGAUGAGAUUUGUACGUUUACAGUAUAGAUUUCACGCUUUUUAGUAAAUUUGUACCAAUAUCGGUAAAAUUCUAAUUAUCGCAACAAAUCUAAUACGAAGAGGGUAAAAUCUGUAGGUACGGUGUGUUAAUUAACAGGGGUGAGAAAUUGACUGAAAGGUGAUAUAAUUAUCGCGAAAUCUAUACUGUAAACGUACAAAUCUCACCUUUACUACUGUAAAUAAUUAUAUAAAAAUAUGUUGUUAAUUACUGAACUGAUAAUCAUAGGAUAAAGAGUUUGAGACAGUGCACGAUAUAUAUACAUGUAUAUGCAUUUUCUAAUUCAAUUAUUAACUGCCAAUCGUGUUGAAAAUCCAAACUAUCCGAUGGUCUAGGUAGUUGAUUAUAGGCUUAUAUUUCUAAUUAUUGAUUUAUAUAACAUUUGAGGCUAAACGAAAGAAGAUCUGCAUUAGGCAGAUUUAGCUAUUACAUAAUGCAUCUUUAACACUAGUUUGUAAGGGAUGUCCAGGGCCAUUUAUGUAAAUUAACAAUUAUGCAGCUGUUUUACCUUAUUUGGAUAUUCUGUACUCUAAGGUCUACAAAGAUAUGGUAUAUGUUUUGUAUCUGUUAACAGUAGCGGUUCUAGAUGUUGUGAACAGGGGGAUGGGGGUCCAAAUCUAGGGCGCCAUCCACAAUUCAACCCCACAAUGUAUGUCACCAAAAUAAUGGUUAUAUAGAGAAUCUCCUACGAGUCUUAAUUUGAUAUCAAAAUAUAUCAACACAAGUCGAUAAUGUAAAAAUGAACGUGGCUUUGCUUAGAUAUCGCUCAGUAGAGAGAGAUAGAGAGAGAGAGGUGGGGGGGGGGGGUAACGUCCACUUGAAACAAACUAGGUAAUUUCGGGACCAAACUAUGUCAUUUAGGGACUAACAUAUGGUUUAAUUUCAUUUCAUUAAUUCGCUUGCGCGUAGGGGUCUUUAGCAGAGGGAGGACUCAGAGAAAACCCACGAAAUUGGACAGACUACCCUACUCCUUGUCACGUACAACCGGGGAUUCGAAACCACGCCAGUUGUCGCUCAGUAGAAUAUAAAACUUAUCACACAAUCGAUACCUACUGUAGAAUGUGUUUUUGGGUGAUAAAACACUGAGCGUAGUUGUUCACUGAUCGUUCAUCUCGCCAGAAAGCAGUUUUAUUCAAGUUGAAAUAAAGUUCAUGUCAAGUA